CUCCACCACCGCUGCGCCCUAGAGAGUUGCCGCCGUGCCGCAUCUCACGCCAACCCCUCCGUCUCUGACCCGCGUCGCCGUCCCCGUUCAACUUCGUCGCCUCGGCGAACUUGGACGACACUGGUUUCCGAGCUAUUGUCAUGGCAGCAAUGAAUAGUGAACUGGGUGGCUACGCUGGUAGGCCUCCAAAUGCCCAACCAAAUCCUUUUGAAAGUGCCAUGUAUGGUGCUGGACCUGGGCUGAUACGUACUGGACUAGGCGCAUAUGGAGAGAAAUUUCUUGGUUCGAGUUCGGAGUUCAUGCAGAGCAAUAUUACUCAAUAUUUGUCGGACCCACAAUACUACUUUCAAGUCAACAGCCAGUAUGUGAGGAACAAACUGAAGGUCAUCUUGUUCCCUUUCUUUCACAGGGGUCACUGGACAAGAAUAACUGAACCAGUAGGAGGAAGGCUAUCCUACAAACCUCCAAUUCAGGAUAUCAAUGCACCAGACCUUUACAUCCCUUUGAUGGCGUUUGGCACCUACAUUGUCAUUGCUGGAUAUGCAUUGGGAGUUCUUGGAAAGUUUACCCCUGAGGCUCUGACCCUGCAGUUUUCAAGAGGCCUAGUUGGCUGGUUUCUACAAGUCGUCCUCAUCAAAGGUCUGCUGUACUCCCUGGGCAGCGGCGAAGCGCCACUGCUAGACAUUGUGGCGUACGCUGGAUAUGGAUUUGCUGGCACAUCUCUUGCAAUGCUGGCGCGCAUCUUCUGGAGCUACUUAUACUACUUCAUCAUGCCAUGGUUCUGUCUCUGCACUGGCGUGUUCCUCGUGAAGACCAUGAAGAGGGUUCUCCUGGGUGGACCAAGAAGCUACGAGAGGCACCCGAGUCGAAACCACUACUUUCUGCUCUUCCUGGCGGUUGUGCAGUUCCCGAUGCUGUUCUGGCUUGGCAACAUCAGCGGUUGAUCUUCUAUCUUUUUGUUGAGCUCGGUGACGUGAAUCGGUUUUUGGGAGGCUGCUGUGCAGGAUAGACCCGCAGUUAACUUUUCCUGGUGAACUUGGUAAUAGCACACUACCUAAUGCUAGGCUAUUGUGAAGCUGCUAGAGGUACCUGGAUAAACGGAUGAAAGAGCAUGUAAUUACUGUUUUUCGUUUUCUGUUGGAGGUGAACUACGGUCACUUGGGAUAGGAUGGAGAUGAAAUUGCUACACAUUUGCAUUUUGAAACCUACCGUGUACAACUUGUUCCAGUGAUCUGGUUAUUUUGUUUUUGCAUCCUUUUAUUAC